AUGUCACCUUAUCGUAGUACUAACUAUAACCUUCAGAGGGAUCUUGGUAAUGAAUGUCACCUUCACAGUGAUCUAAGUAGUGGCUGUCACCUUCAAAGAGAUCGUAGUACUAACUAUAACCUUCAGAGGGAUCUUGGUAAUGAAUGUCACCUUCACAGAGAUCUAAGUAGUGGCUGUCACCUUCAAAGAGAUCUUAGUACUAACUAUAACCUUCAGAGGGAUCUUGGUAGUGACUGUCACCUUCACAGAGAUAUAAGUAGUGACUGUCACCUUCACAGAGAUCUUAGUACUAACUAUAACCUUCAGAGGGAGCUUGGUAAUGAAUGUCACCUUCACAGAGAUCUAAGUAGGGAAUGUCACCUUCAAAGAGAUCUUAGUACUAACUAUAACCUUCAGAGGGAGCUUGGUAAUGAAUGUCACCUUCACAGAGAUCUUAGUAGUGACUGUCACCUUCACAGAGAUCUUAGUAGUGACUGUAACCUUCAAAGAGAUCUUAGUACUAACUAUAACCUUCAGAGGGAGCUUGGUAAUGAAUGUCACCUUCACAGAGAUCUAAGUAGGGAAUGUCACCUUCAAAGAGAUCUUAGUACUAACUAUAACCUUCAGAGGGAGCUUUGUAAUGAAUGUCACCUUCACAGAGAUCUUAGUAGUGACUGUCACCUUCACAGAGAUCUUAGUAGUGACUGUAACCUUCAAAGAGAUCUUAGUACUAACUAUAACCUUCAGAGGGAGCUUGGUAAUGAAUGUCACCUUCACAGAGAUAUAAGUAGGGAAUGUCACCUUCAAAGAGAUCUUAGUACUAACUAUAACCUUCAGAGGGAGCUUGCAAUAGCUGAUUAA